AUGGCGAACUCAACUAUCAGCCAGAUUCUUCCUCUCAUUAUCGUCUUCGCCCUUCUCGGCGUGGGCGGCUGGGUAGGCUACCAAGUCUACAUCAGCGUCGCCAAGAUGUCCGACGUCGCCUCCGAGCGCAUGGGCAAGAAGAACGUGGUUUUUACAAAGGACGGAGUCAAGGUUGGCGUCAAGCAGGUCAAGACCGAGAAUUAUGUCGACGCGACACAGAGCUGGUUCGUCAAGGCAUGGAAUCUGGGCACAGCUCAAGAUGGUAGCCAAACCAAGAAACGAAAGUAG